GCCCCAUCGCAUGCAGCGGCGAGCCCAGGGCCAAGGUUCGCCUGGCGUUUCAGGACAAAGUCGAUUUCCUGCUAGCUGCUGCGACUGGCUCCUGUGUGAGCGGGACCGCGAGUGAGGCCGACCGAGCAGACGGGGCACUCUCCGUUGGCGUCGACGCUUGCCCAUCGAGUGCCGCUUCGCCUGUCUUUGAGACUGCUCCCGCGCCGUCUGCCGAGCCCGCGGUCAGCGCACGGCGCGGCAGCGGCCCGACUGGGCCCACUGGUGGAGCUGGUGGCAGCGCGGGGGCGGACUCGCUUGGCGCCGAG